CUCAUCCCUAGCAUCUAACCUAAAAUUGGGCGCGCAGUCGGCUUUCGGCAUUUUGCUCGUGCGUAGUUUAUUGCGUAUUUUUGUUAAACACCGGGCAUUGUUUUCAUUUACAGUUUGUUAAUUUAGUAUUUAGUGCAGGGCACAUUUAAGAUGGUAGAUGUUUUGGAGUACAAUGACAUAAAUGCUGAAGUGCGCGGUGUUUUGUCUUCGGGACGCCUGAAGCUCACGGAACAGAACAUCAUAUUCAAGAACACGAAGACGGGCAAAGUUGAGCAGAUUGCCGCUGAUGACAUCGAUCUCAUCAAUUCUCAAAAGUUCGUCGGCACCUGGGGCCUGCGUAUAUUUACGAAGAGCGGUGCAUUGCACCGCUUUAGUGGAUUUCGGGACAGCGAACAUGAGAAGCUUGGCAAGUACAUCAAGGAAGCCUAUUCGCAGGAAAUGGUGGAGAAGGAGAUGUGUGUCAAGGGCUGGAACUGGGGCACAGCACGCUUCAUGGGCUCUGUGCUAAGCUUCGACAAGGAUACAAAAACCAUUUUUGAAGUGCCCUUGUCACAUGUUUCACAAUGCGUCACGGGCAAGAAUGAGGUCACACUGGAAUUUCAUCAGAACGAUGAUGCGCCUGUUGGUUUGCUUGAGAUGCGCUUCCAUAUACCAGCUGUCGAGUCAGCGGAUGAGGAUCCUGUCGACAAAUUCCAUCAAAAUGUUAUGAACAAGGCGUCGGUUAUAUCGGCAUCUGGCGAGUCCAUUGCCAUAUUCCGUGAAAUACACAUUCUGACGCCGCGUGGUCGAUACGACAUCAAAAUCUUCUCCACCUUCUUCCAGCUGCACGGCAAGACAUUUGACUACAAAAUUCCAAUGGACUCAGUGCUGCGUUUGUUCAUGCUGCCGCACAAGGAUAGCCGCCAAAUGUUUUUCGUGCUCUCGCUGGAUCCGCCCAUUAAGCAAGGUCAGACACGCUAUCAUUACCUUGUGCUACUCUUUGCUCCCGAUGAGGAGACCACCAUUGAGUUGCCUUUCAGCGAGGCGGAGCUGCGCGACAAGUAUGAAGGCAAACUGGAGAAGGAGCUGUCUGGGCCGGUCUAUGAGGUCAUGGGCAAGGUGAUGAAGGUCCUGAUUGGACGCAAGAUAACAGGUCCGGGCAAUUUUAUUGGACAUUCUGGAACUGCUGCAGUUGGCUGUUCAUUCAAAGCUGCUGCCGGCUAUUUGUAUCCGCUGGAGCGCGGCUUUAUCUACAUACACAAGCCGCCACUGCACAUACGUUUUGAGGAGAUUAGUUCAGUGAACUUCGCGCGCAGCGGCGGCUCGACGCGCUCUUUUGACUUUGAGGUCACUCUCAAAAAUGGCACUGUGCACAUCUUCUCCUCCAUUGAGAAGGAGGAGUAUGCCAAGCUGUUUGACUUCAUCACACAAAAGAAGCUGCAUGUGAGCAACAUGGGCAAGGACAAGAGUGGCUAUAAGGAUGUUGACUUUGGCGAUUCUGACAAUGAAAACGAACCGGAUGCCUAUCUGGCACGACUCAAGGCUGAGGCACGCGAGAAGGAGGAGGACGACGAGGAUGGCGACGAUUCCGAUGAGGAGUCCACGGAUGAGGACUUCAAGCCAAACGAAAACGAAUCGGAUGUAGCCGAGGAGUACGACAGUAAUGUGCAGAGCGACUCGGACGAUGAUAGCGAUGCCAGCGGCGGCGGCGGUGGCGGUGGCGACAGCGAUGGAGCCGCCAAAAAGAAACACAAAGAAAAGAAACGCGAAAAGAAGGAGAAAAAAGAGAAGAAACACAAAGAAAAGGAGCGCACAAAAAAGACCACCAAGAAGAAGGACAGCGGAAAACCGAAGCGUCCCACGACAGCUUUUAUGUUGUGGCUAAACGAUACGCGUGAACAGAUCAAGCGCGAUAAUCCAGGAAUAAAGGUAACAGAAAUCGCUAAGAAGGGCGGCGAAAUGUGGAAGGAGUUGAAGGACAAAUCCAAGUGGGAAGAGCUCGCCAGUAAGGACAAGCAGCGCUAUCAAGAUGAGAUGCGCAAUUACAAACCAGGUUCCGGUGCAGAUGCUGGCAGCGACGACGAAGAAGCCCCCAGCAGCAAAGCUCCAAAGAAACGCAUCUCUGAACCGUCACCCACGAAAAAGUCAAAUACCUCGGGCAGCGGCUUUAAGAGCAAGGAAUACAUAUCUGAAGAUGAUUCCACCAGCUCGGAUGAUGGCAAAAAGUCCGGCAAUGAGCCAGCCAAAAAGAAGAGCAAAUCAAAUGAUGCAACAUCGAAAAAGAAGGCCAAAAAGAGCGAAAGCGAAGCUGAGGCCACCGAUGAGGAGAGCAACGAUUCUAAUGAUGAUGAGGAUGAAGCCAGUGAUUAAAUAAAAUAAAAACAUUUCCAUACUACCACAUACAUAC